GGUGAAGUGACGUCACAAGCCCUGGGUGACAGCCUCUUGCUAGGGUUCUUUUCCGGAUCGGAGCGGGGGGUCAGUGUAAUCCGCCGUAAUCCACCGGCACCGAGCGGAGGGGGAGGACGUGAGUGACCGGGACACUCGCUUCACCCCCUGCCCUGUCACCACAUCUCGGUUUUGGUCGCCUCCGUAGCCGAUGGCCCCCGUGAGCUGAUGGUGAAAAGUGCUCCAGAGGUCAGAGGCUGAUUGCGGGUCGGAGCGCUGUCAUGGAGCUGAGAGUCGGGAACCGGUACCGGCUGGGCCGGAAGAUCGGCAGCGGGUCUUUUGGAGACAUUUAUUUAGGCACUGACAUUGCAGCGGCCGAGGAAGUCGCCAUCAAAUUGGAAUGUGUGAAAACAAAACACCCUCAGCUCCAUAUCGAGAGCAAGAUCUACAAGAUGAUGCAAGGAGGAGUGGGAAUCCCAACUAUAAAGUGGUGCGGUGCAGAAGGCGAUUACAAUGUGAUGGUCAUGGAGUUGUUGGGACCAAGCCUUGAAGAUCUCUUCAACUUUUGCUCCAGGAAAUUUAGCUUGAAAACGGUGCUGCUACUCGCUGACCAGAUGAUUAGUCGCAUUGAAUACAUUCAUUCCAAAAACUUCAUCCAUCGUGACGUUAAGCCUGAUAAUUUCCUCAUGGGCCUUGGGAAGAAAGGAAACCUGGUCUACAUCAUUGAUUUUGGACUUGCAAAGAAGUAUCGAGAUGCCAGAACACACCAGCAUAUCCCUUACCGUGAAAACAAGAACCUGACUGGCACCGCCCGAUACGCCUCCAUAAACACUCACCUGGGAAUAGAACAAUCUCGCCGGGAUGAUCUGGAGUCGUUGGGUUAUGUGCUGAUGUAUUUCAACCUUGGUUCACUACCAUGGCAAGGACUAAAAGCAGCCACCAAACGACAAAAAUACGAGCGCAUAAGUGAGAAAAAGAUGUCUACGCCCAUAGAGGUUCUGUGUAAAAGCUAUCCGUCGGAGUUUGCCACGUACCUGAACUUCUGUCGGUCCCUACGUUUUGAUGACAAGCCAGACUAUUCUUACUUAAGGCAGCUCUUCAGGAAUCUCUUCCACCGUCAGGGAUUCUCCUACGAUUAUGUGUUUGAUUGGAACAUGCUGAAGUUUGGUGCUAGUCGUGCUGCUGAAGACGCAGAACGCGAGAGAAGAGAGCGAGAAGAGCGCCUGAGACACACAAGGAAUCCUGCAGUCCGGGGCUUGCCCUCUACUGCAUCAGGGAGACUAAGAGGGACGCAGGAAGUCACGCCACCCACUCCACUCACACCAACCUCCCACACAGCCAACACCUCCCCCAGACCCGUGUCCGGUAUGGAACGUGAACGGAAAGUGAGUAUGAGGCUGCAUCGUGGUGCUCCUGUUAAUGUCUCUUCAUCUGACCUAACUGGUCGACAAGAUACCUCUCGCAUGUCAACUUCACAGAUUCCCAGCCGGGUGGCAUCCAGUGGUUUCCCUUCGACUGUACACCGAUGAACACAUUCCCCUGUGGAAGGGUGGUUAAGUGCAUGGCUAAUGGUUUCACUAGCAAAAAAAUAAAAAUGAAAAAAAUAAAAUAAAAGAAAUAUGAUAAAAAGGCACAACCACAGCAACAAAACCCAGAAUUAAAAGCAACCAAAUCCAAAUGGAGCUUUACAUGCUUUUUACAAAGAUGGCGAUGUGAACAAAAAAAAACAGCUAGCGGAACUUUGGAAAAAACGAUGUGAUGCCCUUUGGGACGUCUGAGCACCGGUGCAGAUGUAGACUUUUAAGCGCCAAAUACAGAAAUGCCAUUUUAUUUUAGGUUUGUUCUUUUUUCAGGGGCCCUUUUUAUUCUUCUCUACAUGGUUUUUGUACCUGUUUUUGUUAACAUCUGCUCUCCAUGAAUAAAUGUGCCAGAUUUGUCUGUCUGUCUUGCUUCUACAAAUGACAGGGAUAUGUAGCCCGAGCAAGAGUGGAGGUUCGCUGGCCAUGAUUUUACCGGUAAGAAGACAUACUAGUAACCUAGGGGGCUUCGUGUACAAUUUUUUAUUUUAUUUUUUUUCUUCUUCUUUUAAAUAAACUUUAUUUAAUGCUUUUUGUUUGAUUUUAGUUUUUUGUGCAUUUUGUUUUGUUUUUAUUAUGGGGGGUUCAAUAAAGCAUUCCUAUGCAUACCUAGAUAAAAGGGGAUUUUGUAGACAUACAGUUCUCGAAGCACUGGCGAUCACUUGUAUUUUGGAAACCUUUUUUCUGUGAAGUCCCUUUCAGUUCUCUGUGAGGGUUUAUUUUCUUUUUGGGGUUUUCUCCCCCUUUUUCCUCCUCCCCCAUCCCCCCACCCCUUGUUAAUUUUAGGACAUAUCACUCUGAUGCCUUUGACUUCAUA